UUUGGGAACCUUUGGACUUACAAACAAAACGGGAGCUGCACUAUGUCUGUAAAGGCAACAUGGUCGGCUGUUUGCAAACCAGAAAUUCUGUGUAAAAGGGUUCAAAUUUAGACGUCAGCGAACUCCUAAAGGAUUGUAGAAUGAUUCUUCGAGGGAUUAAUGACUUUGAGUGAUUCAAUGGCACUCGGGUACGGUUCAAAGAAAUCCUUUUCAUGUGAUCAGGAGGUCGAACCUGCUUCUCUGAACAACGAGGCAGCAGCUGCCUCUCAAAAUGCAUUUCAUCUGACCAGGAGGACCYGGACCUGCAAGUGUCUGCUCGCCUUCUCCAUCAUCUUCAUCAUAAUCCUUCUGAUUACAGGAGCCAUACUGGCCUGGUACUUCCUAGAAUACAGGGUUUGGACGUUGGAGCUUCGUGUUGAGCAGCAGUAUGCGGCCUACWUAACCAUCACCAACAGGAACUUCUCUGCUGACAUGUCUUCUCACAACAGCCCAGCRUUCAAGAAUGAAGCCAAGGGAGUCGAAAACACAAUAAAGAAGCUAAUGAAAUCCUCAUCUCUUUCUAAAUAUUUUAACCAUACCACUGUCUUUGCGUUUGGGGAAGGGAGUGUGGUGGCUCACUUCUGGAUAGUUCUGUCUGUGCCCAGCAGCCAUGUUGGUAGAGUCACAGAGGAGAAGGUCAGCAGAAGUCUGGAGGACAGCCUGAUGUGGUACAGAAGAUCAGCAAAGGAAGAGACAGCGAAUGUUGACGGCUACCUGUUCUACCUUCCCACACUGUCUGUCAGUGAGACAGACCACAAAGUUAUAGGGCUUUUGAAAGCUUCAUUUGAUUGUUACCGCUAUCAGAAGGUGGGCUCUAGCAGCCCUGUGGCUCUCCGUGGCCCCGACACGCACCGCUCCUCCUGCUUGUGGCACCUCCAGGCUGACCCCGGCUUCCAGCUGGAGCUCCACAUGGAGUGGCUGCUGCCUGAGUGUCGAGACAGGCUGGUGGUCUACAACUCGCUCAUCCCCUCCGAUAAUUAUCUCAUCACAUCUGUGUACGGCUGCAGUCGACAYGAGCGUGUGGUGAGCGUCCUGUCGUCAGCAGAGUGGAUGACGGUGGUUUGGAAACAAGGUCUUUACAAUUACAAGGACCCCUUUUCUUUGUCUGCACAAGCCUGGCCCCAACAGGACUGUAAUUCUACCAUAAAACUGGAGGCAGGAUCAGGGGUCCAGGGAACUCUAAAGACCCCCUUCUUUCCCAGCUACUAUCCUCCAAACACCAACUGUACCUGGACUUUUACUCUCAGUACGGGGACAGGUUUGGCUCUGGAGUUCGAGGGCUACGAGCUGAGCAGAGCCAGUUACAACCAGGCCUGUACCCAGGGUCAGUGGAUCAUCCAGAACCGAAGGCUGUGUGGCACCAGGGCUCUGCAGACGUACUGCGAGCGCCUCUUUCUGCUCUCAAAUACAACCACUGUGGUCAUGACCUCUGAGGUGUCCCUCACAGGGCCGGGCCUUCAGCUGCACUACAGCACCUUCAACCUGUCAGACCCUUGUCCAGGCCAGUUCCUGUGCACUGUAAGUGGCCUCUGUGUUCCUUUGUGUGAUGGAAUYAAGGACUGUUCCAACGGACUGGAUGAGAGAAACUGUGUGUGUGUGGCACAGUACACGUGCCCAGAGGACAGCCAGUGUGUGGACUACUACAAAGUGUGUGACCAACACCCAGACUGCCCCCAGGCCACAGAUGAGAUGAACUGCACUGAUGGUGUGGAGUGUACAGAUAUGACCUAUGUGUGUGCUGAUGGAACAUGCCUAAAGAAGCCAAAUCCUGAGUGUGACUCUGUCACCGACUGCCCAGAUGCCUCGGAUGAGAAGCAGUGUGACUGUGGCCUGAGACAGUUCUCCAGUCGCAUCGUUGGGGGAACGGAUGCCUUGGAGGGAGAAUGGCCGUGGCAGGCAAGUCUGCAGGUGCGGGGAAACCACAUCUGUGGAGGMGCCCUGAUCUCCAGUCAGUGGGUGGUGUCCGCCGCGCACUGCUUUUAUGACGACCAACUCUAUUCCCCGUCAGUGUGGACAGUUUAUCUUGGGAAACUGCUGCUGAACCGGAACAGCCCGACAGAGGAAGUGGCACGAGUUCAACAGAUCAAUCUCCAUCAGUACUACGACGACGAAUCUCAYGACUACGACUUGGCCUUGUUGAAGCUGGACCGCCCAGCGUACACACUGCUGAUGGGACACGCCCGACCCGCCUGCCUGCCACCGCCCACACACCAGCUAGAGCCGGGUCUGCUCUGCUGGGUCACUGGUUGGGGGGCACUGCGAGAAGGAGGCACUGCCAGUAACGUGCUUCAAAAAGUGGACGUUCGCCUGGUCAGCGAGGAAGACUGUGUUCGUUCCUAUGGUCACCUGGUCACUCCUAGAAUGCUUUGCGCUGGUUAUCGGAUUGGAGAGAAAGAUGCCUGUCAGGGAGACUCCGGUGGUCCGUUGGUUUGCCAGGAGCCAUCAGGACGYUGGUUCCUGGCCGGGGUGGUGAGCUGGGGCAAAGGCUGUGGCCGACCAGACUACUACGGCGUCUACACUCGCAUCACCAGACUCACUGACUGGAUCAAGCAGGUCAUCAUCAGCUCCUGACUCACUCAGGGACAUGAUGUUUUGGCAGAUGGAUUAUGAUCGUUUUAACCAAACAACCCAGAGAGAACAUGUAAAACAUUUGAUUAACACAUGAAUGAUUAAAGUUUACAGUAUGUUUAUA